AUGACACUGAAAAUUUCUUCCAAAGGUUUCUCGAAUUUGUCGUCAUUGUUUAAAGUAAUUUCUCUGGCCAUUGCUACUGCGAUGUUACUGGUAAGUAUUGGACCUAGUAGAGUUUUAGGCCUACGGUGUUACACGUGCAAUCCGUGUACUAACAAUCCUGGCGUCUUGGCCGAAUGUACGAAUGAUGAGAGUAACUGCAUUACAGCGACUGGUAGGCGAGCACUAUACGAAGUUUCACUCCGCGGCUGCUACGCCGAUACCAAGAUCCCAGUCCCAUAUGAAUGUAGGAACUACACUUCCUACCUCCUAGACGGAGAUACCUAUGUAGAUGUCAAAGCCUGUAUAUGUGGCAUAAACGGAUGCAAUGUGGACCUACCUGCUAGUGCCCUAUCCCACGCUUUGGGAUACUUUUCCGUAUUGGGAAUCGCGAUCCUGGCUUGCUUGUUUGUGGUUUUGAAUCGAUAA